AUGGACAAGCAUCAAGUAUAUAGGACUUCAGGAGACGACAUAUGGCUCAUGUGUUUGGAAAGCGGUCCAGGGAAAACGAUCUCGAGUUGCAUGGGUAACGAGAUGUUUUCCUGCCAUCGUUGUCCGAGAGGCCAGACAGCAGCUGGACCGGAUCCGAGAACGGACGACACCCUAUCUGAUGCGGCUCUGUAUCUGCUCACGUUCAAGGGGUACAGCAUUGGAGAAACCGUUGACAGUUUUGUAGAAUUAUACGGUGAUGGAGAUAAAAAGGAAAAUGAAUCAAAUCAUGAGCGAUUUCUCGAGUUUGACGCUUUGCUAUCGGAUGCGCCAUGUCCUCGAAGGCCCGAGUAG